UCUGUAUUUUGCGCGUCAGAUGCGCACUUGAGAUCUUUCACUUCUCAUUUUUAUUAGCAGCACGUCGUUGUGGUGUUUUUUUUUUUUUUUUCGCAGAGCCGUGUGUGUGUGUGUGUGUUUGUGUGAGUGUGUGUGUAUGUGUGUGUAUAUGUGUGUAGUGUGUGUUCCGGAUGAAAUGCGCUUUUUACGCGCUGAAAUGAUGCUCGGUGUGAAGGCGGCUCGGGUAGAAACGGACUCACUGCCUUAACGCUGCCUUUAAACUUUCCCAUGCUGGCCAUCUAAAACCCGGCGCACUCGGACUCGGACUCGGACUCGGCCUCGGUCUCACACACCGGAGCGGACACGUCCUGAUCCAAUGCGCGCUUGGUUUCUGCGCGUCCAGGCCCGCACGCCAACACGUUCACAUGGCCUCGAGAAGAGCGGCUGUGGUGGGAAGCCGAAGAGCGGCGGGGAGCUGGAGGACCGGCGGGUGUCCGGAGCGGCCGGGCUCGGUGUGGCGCCGGUGUGUGAUGUGCGCCGGGAUCACACUGCUUCUCCUGCAGCCCGCAUCCGCCAGACACGAUGAGGGCCAGAUCGAAACAUUGAAUCGUUCUGCUACAUCGCCAAUCCCAACUGGGUCUUCAAACGCCUCCUCGUCCCUCUCUCCGCUAGAAGAAGAUGGAGAUCCUCUCCUGCAGUCUCACUCUGCACCAGCAGAGGCAGCGCCAAGCACCAGAGAGCAGGCCGUCUUUUCCUCCGUGCUGACAGUGAGGGCCAACUCGGAGUCGCUGGUGCAAUAUCCAGCCCCUCCUCACGCAAACACUUACAAUCUCACCAAUCGCAAAAUCCAGGAGGAUCCACAAGCUAAAGCUCCACAAGCUCCAACCAAGAGUGCGCUAAGCACCAGCUCAGAAGAGGCUCCUUCUGUGAACCCAGGCCUUCCCACGGCACCCGGUACCUCCAUCUUAACACUGGAGGAGACAGAACCUGCUCGUGUAGAUCAUGUGACCAGCCCAGUCUCCACCGCCACCAUGCUAUCCAAUGGUACAUCUCCAGGAACAGAAAAAGUUGGGAAAACCUCAGUCACACACUCCAACCCUGACACUGUGACCAGUGACAGCCUCCAGCUCACCACAGUAACCACCACCACAACCACACCCUUAACUGUGACUGACAUGACUGUGACUCCUCCCAGUAUGAGUCCCAUGACCACUGAGGUUCUUACCACAAAAGCUCCACCCAUGACUACCACCGAAACCACAACGAUUGCGACGGAGCCUCCGACAACACCGACGACUACAACUACCACAACAACAACGACUACAACGACCACACCAACAACAACAACAACUACUACUUUAGCAACUACAACGACUCAAAGCUCCACUGUAGCUACAUCUAGAAGCACCACCACUGAGCAGAGCACCACCACUGAGAGCUCACCUCCAUCCUGCAACAUCACGGAGAAGCUGUUGGUCCGAACGGUUCUGUCCAUCCAGAUGAAGAGGAAUUAUCUGGAGAGUGGACUGAGGCAGAGCUUGGUGAAAGGCCUAACCCUGGCACUUCAGAAGGCCUUUAACGACUCCACUGUCCGCAUCCAGCUGGAGCGUGAUGUGUCCACACCCUCCAACGUCACUCUGGGUUAUUACGUUAUGAGCGAGAAAAUGGUGUACAUAGCGGCGGCGGUGGUGGAGACUCUGACCUCAUACGGCUUCGAUAAGCUCCUGAGUGACCUCAGACAGCACGCUCCCGUGGUGUUGGCCAUCCCCGUCCCCGUAGCUUCCUGGCAGUCCGCUCCGGGCAUCCACCUGCAGCUCAAAACGGUUCUCAGGUUUGUGAGUCCGACAGACAACAUCAAGUCGUGCAGUUUCAUCCAGGUCAUGGAGCAGCGUUUGGUGAACGUGUUCUCUGAAGCUCAGGAGAAAGUGGAAGACUCUUAUGGAAAUCUUUCAGUUGAGAUUCUAAACACCUAUCAGACAGGAAACUCUCUGGCCGUAUCUUUGGUGUAUGUGGUGUGGAACGGCAGUGUGGCGCUGAAUGGCACCGUGGCGAGCGCGCUAAUUAACCAGCUGAGUGCGGAGCUGGUCGGAUAUUUCCUCUUCUUCCCCCCCAUGAUCAUCGCUGAGCCGCUCGAGUACCACAACCUGAACACCUCAGUGGCCACCAGGGAAUACUGGGUAAUCACAGUAAUUCAGGAUGUUGACAGCUCCUCGCUGGAAGGCAGUUAUCAGAGCUUUGCUAGUCUGAUGGAGCAGCGUUUAGCUGAGCUCUUUCUUGUCGCUGGCCGUCAUGGCCUCCGGAUCAAACGAGCCACCACCGUCGGUGGAUACACUGUACAGAUGGUCAGUAUCCGACGCCUACCUGGUCCUAAGAACCCAGCCGAGAUGACCUACUACGUCCAGGUGGAUGGAGCUCCCAUAGCCGGCACAUCUGCAGCCAAAACCCUAAACAUGGUGGACUCUCAGACCAUGGCCCUCACAUUGGGCUACUUCGUCCAGGUUCAAGCAGAGCCCGUGGUGAAGAGUGUCCCCAGUAACCUCUGGAUCCUGGCUGUUCUGACACCGGUGUCACUGGUGAUUGUCGUGAUUGUCAUGGCGGUCGCUAUCAUAUGCAGGAGGAAUCGCAACGUCUUCAAGAGCAGUGCGUUUCGUGGGUUCCAUCCACGCACAAAGACCUCGUAUCGGAGAGACGGGAGUUACCACCAUCAGCCUGUGCAGGGUUUUGACUAUGCUAAGCAGCACAUGGGUCAGCAGGGUGAGGAGACGCUCGCUGUCACUAAAGAGACCCUCGUGCUGUCUCUCCCGGUACGCGACGCUCCGCUCACACAGGACAAAGGCGUCCUACAGGACGGCACGGCCUCCAAAAGACCGCAGUCUACAGAGAUACACCGCAGCAAAUUGCCGAGCGAGGACGGCUCGGUUUCAAGCAACGGCUCUGCGAAGCUGAACACAGGCAGGAGCUCCUCGGCGCACAGAAAUACAGGCCAGAAAGCCGCAAAGGAGGAGACGCACACAAGGACUGAGCAUUACGACUCUCUGACUGGCUCCCUGAGGCUCAUCAGCAUUAAGCCCAUGGCCACUCCACUCAACUAUUCAUACCCCGACUCCUCGAAUCACAGCCAAGACUCUGUCAUGCUCAAUGGAGAAGUGAACGUGGGCCUGAAGCAGAAGUCUGACAUUGAGCACUACAGGAACAAACUGCGUCUGAAGGCUAAGAGAAAAGGCUACAGUGACGGGCCAACGAGCAGCGGAGGACACCGACACAGCCACCGAGAGAGACUGAGACGUGAAAAUGCUUCUCUGGACUUGGAGGACACUCGGGGACCUGCGGAGGACAGAAAUCUGUCCACUUACGUCAAAUACCGCAGGAGUGAGAGUCAGAGGGAGCCAGCGUACUGGAGCAGACAGUCUCUGAACACGCCGAGUCCUGUGGAGACUGAGCUGGAUCUGCUCGUGAUGAGGGAACGCGCCAGGAGGGGCAUCCGCAACAGCGGCUAUGACGCUGAACCAGAACCGUUUGAAGAGACAGACGUGGACCGCCUCAUGAGCUCUCUGGGUUUUGGAGGCAGUCACCACGUUAAAGGUCACUCGGAUUCAUCCACUCUGAGCUCUCAGCCCUCCAUCGAUGAGGUGCGGCAGCAGAUGCACCUCCUGCUGGAUAAUGCAUUUGGUUUGGCCUCGGCUGAGCCGACUGGACGCAGCCACCACCAACACCACUCCCAGCAUGGCCCCCACCCUCCAUACCCCCCUGCUCAGAGCGGUCCCUAUGCGGACGGAGUGACCAGCGCCCCCGGUACCAUGGACCACCCUGCUGGAGCUCUGCAGCGCGGCCCAUCAUUUGAGCCUGACAUGCACCAGUGUAGCCUCCCCAAGCCUGUACGUCCUCACUGUCCACAUUUACACUUUCAAGGCUUCAGGUUCACGCAGCUGCCCGACAUGGGUUUGGGCUCGCCGCCACCUCUUAUAUCAGCUCGAACUGGAGCCCCACCUGGAGCAUCAGUACGGCGAUCAACACCAGACAUGAGUCUGAAGCCGCGUGUCUCUGAGGCCUCGGAGAUGAAUCAGCACAACGGCGCCCCCUAUCUACCCAUCAACCGAGCUCCUUUCCCAGCUGUCACCGUCGAUCAGUCCAUGUCGAGCUACUCAGGAAACCCAAUGACAGCCGUUUAUGCCAUAUCAGCCAACCGCCCCGGCUACUCCGACUACUUUGUUCUAUCACCUCCGUCAUCGUACCGCAGCCCCUCGUGGAUGUCGUACCCUCCGGAGCCGGAUGACCUCCCACGCCAGUGGGGUGACACGAACCCAUGUCAUUUGGAGACCAUCUGCUGAGCCGAACGGGCUGACUGGACACAGCAAUGCUCCUGGGGUUUGUACAGUAGAUGAAAAUGCCCUGAUCACCACAGCAGCCCAAACCUGUCCUGGCUUCUUGGCCUGCAGGGCCGCUCCAGCUGAGCAGGCCCAAAACGCCCGAAAGGCCCAAAAAAGGCCCGGAAGACCCGAAAAGGCCCUGACUAGACACGACCAGGCCAUCAGUCACUCCACCAUUCACCAGUGCUUUCAUGGGAGGCUCUUGUCUCUGCCUCCUCCUCCGACCCGACACCACCAUGAUCGGCCCAGUGGCCAAACGUUUUCUUGAAGCUUUUUCGAUAUCCUCACGGACAUGAAGCUGGUGGGGUUUUAUCUUUCUUUGUGUAUGUAUGUGUGUAUGUGUGUAUGUGUGUGUGUGUGUGUGUGUGUGUGUGUUUUAAACAUCAGCAUAUUCAAAAUAGAAAAGUUUCUUUCAUCCCAAGCGGACCUCUCUGUGUCUUUUGCUCUUAUUUUUACCGAGAGGCAGGCCUAUCAGGCGAUUCUUUCGUGCACUCUAUGUAUGGCUUACGUAAAUGACCUUGGUGUAAAAGAGACUGAGCAGAAAUCUGAAACUGAAAAUGACUUGUUGUACUGUAUGUAAAUGUAGUCACGGCGUGAGUCCUUUUUUCCCCCAGCCGCUUAUGAAAUAGUGUAUUCGUUUGCUUCUCCUUUUGCUUCGAUCAUAAAAUGUCGAAUAACGUACAUCGGCUCAUGAGAAACUUGAAGCAAAUGUUGUCACGGUUUGUGGAGUGUCACGGGACACAAAACAAUGAUCCCAAGCAUUUAGCAUUAAAUAUUACUCUAGAAAACCUGUAGUGGAUUAUUUUAGGGUUAGAAUUUUAUUUGAAUUUAUAUUCCUAUUCACUAUAUCACUUUCAGUUUUACAGCAAGUAGAUAAACUAUCAUCAAAACAACAUAUCUAUUUUAUUGCCUUAUUUUUGAUAGAUACUUAAAUUUAUAUAUGAAAUGAUAUCACAAUCUAGAACAUUUAUCUGCUGGAGUGUACAGCAUAAGCCAAAAAUUAGAAUAAAUAAAAAAACAUAGGCAAAGUAAAUAAAUAAUAAUAAUUAUUAUGCAAACUAAAAUUCCACUUUAAAUCAACUUAAACAUUUUAUAAUAUUUAUGACAGCAUCAGUCAAAAGGUUUAGACACACCUAAUUGAAUAUACGUACUUCAUAAUCUCAAGGACACUUUAAUUUAAAGGCUUAUGCUUGAAAUGAAUUUCUAAGACAAAUAUAAAUCAGUCAAUCAAUCAAUCAACUGAACAACAAAUAAACAAAUUAUUUAAUAAUGGUUAAGUAAGUAAUUAUUUCCAAAACAAUUAUUUUAAAUUAUUGAUGUCUAACAUAACUUCAGAACCUAUAAAAAUGCGUGGUUUGGCAUAUUUCUGAAGUGUUCUACUAUUCUCAAAUGUAAAAGCUGUAAAAAUAAAACCCUUCGAUGAGUACUUGUGCCCAAACUUUUGACUGCUACUGUAUACAGGUUUCUCUCAGAUCCUAAUGGAAAUGAGUAUAAUUGGUAGCAGAUUUAUUUAGUAGCAGAAUAAACCUGUUUCAUUACACUGAAUUCACUUUAGUUUUAUGCAACAAGUGCAAUGUUACCCACUCUAAUUUUAGCAUGUGUUUCCGGAAGGUUCUAUUGCAUGUAGUAUGAAGAAACACAAGGGCUUGUAUGUAAGGAGAUGUAAAUUAUAUGGAUGGAUAUAGAUCUGUUCUGUUGUAAGCUGUGAUAUUGACAAAAAUCAUUCCUAUUAAUGACCCUUUGUUGUUUUUCCAUUAUGACAUUUUAUAUUAUGAUCACAAUAUGAACACAGUCUGAUUACACAGGCAUCCAAGCAUAGUAAGGUAAUACAACACAACACAAUUGCUUUUUUUUUUGUUAAAACUGAAGAACUUUGUCCUCUCAAUGUAAUUAGCUGGUGCUGGGGAAGUGCAAAGAUCUCGGUUGUCGCUCAGUCGUCGUUUUUGCUUUGUAAAAUAUUCUCUGUUACUAUUUUUAUAACAAUUCACUCACCUUUUUUGAGCCAUCAGUAGAGGCAGUGUUCAGUUACAGAGGCACUGUUGCCGAGUGUAAAAUAUUGUGCUUCAAUUUACAGUACGUGUUUUAACAUAGCCUCAUUGUGAACCUAUGUGAAAAAAAUGUGUAAUAUUCUCUGUGUAAAUUCACAUCAUAAUGCUAAGAUGUCAAUCUAAUUCCUCAUUACGCAACUCCAUAACUGCCAACUGUACAGUAUAUUUUCACAUAAUUAAUAUAAAAAAAACCCUGCAUUUGUUUUUAAAGCUGUUUUUCUUUGUCGUCUUUUUCUUUGUAUGAAAUAACCAUGCUUAUAAUAACUCUGAUUUAACAAUUUCAUUUUUUUUGUGGUUUACACAUUAAUUAAAAUCUAAUAAAGACUGAAAUACACUGGAAAGUACAAUUUUUUUUGUUGUACAGUAUUUAGUAUUGCAUGGUAUGACUCCUACUGUCUGUUUAGAUCAAGAAAAGACAAAUCAAUAUACAUUUUUUAGUCUUUAAACAUUCUGUUUUAAGCAAGCCCUCUUCAGUUCAUAAUUCAAACCAGAGAAAGUAAAUAA